AAUUAUUUAAAAUUCAUCAUCCUCCAUUUUGGGAAUACAUUCACUAUCAUCAAUUUUUCUCUUUCUGUUUUUCCUCAACCACAAUACCGUGAACACAAAACUUGAGUUCGUUCUUUUUCACCACAGAACUUGUUAAAGCGACCGAAAUGGAUUUGACACUUACUGAUCUGGUAGAAAGGACUGAGCAAUUGAAGAUCAAAGAUCCUUUUAUUGCAGUCCCAAAGCAGCCGGAUUGUGGUAUUGGAAGCCUGCAAGUAGCAAAAAGUCCAUGUGAAGUAUCAUCCCACGAGAAAAGAGAUCCCGUGACACAAAUUAAAAUCCAUCUUCUUGGAGAACCAAAGAAUCGCCAAAUUAUUUCCAUCGUUGGGACGCCUGGACUUGGAAAGACAACAUUAGCAAAAAAAUUAUACGAUAAUUCGGAAGUUCGCUCCCAUUUUGAUGUACUUUCCUGGUGUGUUGUUUCUCAAACUUAUAAAAAGAGAAAGCUGUUGAUUGGCAUUUUGGGAUCUGCAGGAGUCCUUAAUGGAGACGCAAGUUCAGAAAUGGAAGACGAAGAGUUGAAAGAUCGUCUUUACAAAAAUUUGAAAGGUAGAAGAUACCUAGUUGUUAUGGACGAUCUAUGGGAUGAAGAAGCAUGGGAUGAUUUGAAAAUGUUAUUUCCAGAUGACAGAAAUGGAAGCAGAGUAUUAUUCACCAGUCGGCUGAAAAAUAUGUUAAGCGAAACUCGGCCUGUUAUCAUUGAACCUCCUCGACUGUCAUCAACUGAAAGUUGGAAUUUAUUAGAGCAGAAUGUGUUCAAGAAAGAACGAUGCCCUGAAGAACUGCAAGAUAUUGGAGAGCAAAUUGCUGCAAAUUGUGGUGGGCUCCCGCUUUCGAUAGUCAUGAUAGCUGGAGUUCUUUCAAAUAUGGAGAAGAAAAAAAGCGUAUGGCAACAAGUUGCAAAAUGUUUAGUUUCUUACAUUUCUCAAAAAGCAGAUGACUACAUUCCCUCAUUAAGUUUUAGUUACAUGCACUUACCAAAUUACUUGAAGCCAUGUUUCCUCUAUCUUAGUGCAUUCGAGGAAGACGCGGAAAUUCCAAUUCGUAAGCUAUUUUCACUAUGGAUAGUCGAAGGAUUCAUAGAGAAAAAAGAGGACAAGACCUUAGAAGAUGUAGCAGAGGAAUACCUAACGGAACUUGUUAACAGGAGCUUGCUGCAAGUUUCCAAAAGAAGAUCCAACAAUAGAGUAAAAACAUGUACUAUUCACGAUCUGGUACUUGAUAUGUGCACCAAAAUAGCCGCAGAAGAUGAAAAAUUUCUGUUUCAACAUCAAUUCAUGAUAUUUAAGCAUCGCAAUCGAUUGCGUUUGUUUCCAUCUCAUCAUUUCUCCGAGGCUUUAUCCAUUCUUUACAAUUCGGAAAAAGUUAGGAUCUUGGAUUCAUCAUACGGUGGACUUGUUCGAUUGGCAAUUAAAGUUAUGCCUGACUUGAGGUACUUGGAAAUUCAAUCAUUAGAAUCAUCAAUAGGUGAACUCAGGAAUCUAGAAUAUCUUCGUAUAGAAAAGGGAUGUACCAUACCAGCAUACCUUCUCAAUAUGCCUAAGUUGAGACAUGUGCGGGUCGGAAGUUUAUACGACCCUGCAAGUUUCAGAGAGAAAUGUGAUAGCUCCCAAAUAAAUAGCCUACAAACCCUUAAUUGCAUUAUUAUUAAUGAUUCAAAAGACGAAAAAACCUUGAGAUGUUCACCAAAUCUUCGUAGGCUUAAAUGUCGAUCUCUAAACAAAUUUUUUCCUGAUCUCAACUUUCUUUCUCAACUUGAAUCACUAACAAUGAUGUGUGGAAGUAGAUUUGUAUGUGAUAGCUCAAAGGUUCACUUCCCCAAGAGUAUCAAAAAGCUCUCUCUUUCUAAAAUCGGUUUACCAUGGGAAAAGAUGUCAUUAAUUGGGACAUUGGACAACCUGGAGAUUCUGAAAUUAAAAUAUAAUGCCUUUAAGGGAAAAGUUUGGAUCACAAAUAAUGAUGAGUUCCAGAAACUCAAAUUACUAAAAUUAAUUUUGUUAAAUCUUGAAGAAUGGUAUUCCUCAGACGAUCAUUUCCCUCUGCUUGAACGAUUGGUGUUGGGAUCUUGCGAUAAUUUGAAGAUGAUUCCUUCGGAAUUUGGCAAAAUUUCAACAUUACAGAAGAUUGAAGUAUAUCAUUGUCAUAAAAAGAUCGCAAGUUCAGUUCAGGAAAUUCAAGAUGAACAACGGGACACUGGUAACGACGAGUUUGAGGCGACCAUCUUUGGUGUUUGGGAUUGAAGAGAGCUUCCGUUCUACUGGCAUACACAAUGAGAUUUAUCAAUAUUUCACCCCCACAUGGUAGGAAACGAUAUUAUUUCCAGCUCCAUAUCAAUUGCUAGUAGUUGUUCUUAUUCAGUCGUUUCUUUGAGGUGAACAUGAAGUUACAGAUUCUUUAUUGCAAAUAAAAUUAAAUAAUGCCCAAUUGCAAAUUGUACUAUAUUAUGACUAACAUGACUUGUGGUCUGAUCUAGAUCUCAAUCUCAAAUCUUUUGCCUUAUAAUUUUCUUUUACUUUCUUUCAAUGUAUUUCUCUACUACUGUAUUUUUUGACAUCAGCCAUUGUGAGUAUUCAUAGUUCGAAAUGAAAUUCACUUGCU